GUCUGCUUUGCAGGAAACAUGAUUUCUGAGAGCAGCUCCUUCGCCAAGGGCGUGGUGCUCGGGGGAGCCUGCUGCGUGCUGGUGACACUGCUCGGGCACAUCAGGCUGGGUCUCGGGAUUAAGGCACAUCGCCACCAGCACCAUCACAUCCAGGCUCCCAACAAAGAGGAUGUCCUAAACCUCUCGGAAGGUGAACGCAUGGAGCUUAGUAAAAGUAUCCGUGUUUAUUGCAUCAUCCUGGUGAAACCGAAAGAUCUGGGGCACUGGGCAGCAGUGAAGGAGACGUGGAGCAAGCACUGUGACAAAGUGGAAUUCUACAGCUCUGAAAAGGUCAAAGUGUUUAAUUCUGUAGCCCUGAACACAAAUGAUAUGUGGGUGAUGAUGAGAAAAGCUUACAAGAUAACAUAUGAACGCUAUAAAGACGAAUUCAACUGGUUUUUCCUUGCAUAUCCAACAACAUUUGCUAUAAUUGAAAAUCUCAAGUAUUUUUUACUGAAAAAAGACCCUUCACAGCCUUUUUACAUAGGCCAUACUGUGAAAUCUGGGGACCUUGAGUAUGUCGAUGGUGAGGGAGGAAUAGUCUUAAGCAUUGAAUCACUAAGACGACUCUCCCGUGUUCUCGAAGACUCUGACAAGUGUCCGGAGCAGGGAGGUAUGAUUUGGAAGCUUGCUGAGGACAAACAGCUGGCCAUCUGCCUGAAGUACACUGGAGUCUUUGCCGAAAACGCCGAAGAUUCAGAAGGAAAAGACGUCUUUAACACUAAAUCAGUGGGUGCUCUCAUUAAGGAAGCCAUGUCUAGUCACCCUCAGCAGGUGGUGGAUGGCUGCUGCUCCGACAUGGCCAUCACGUUCAGCGGGCUGGCCCCCAACCACAUGCACGUGAUGAUGUACGGCGUUUACAGGCUGCGACCCUACGGCCACACCUACAACGACGCACUCGUCUUCCUCCCACCCGCGGGCUCAGACAACGACUGA